GUUUGCCAACCGCCAUAAUACCUCACAAGAAGAAGAAGAAGGGCGGAAGUAGAAUCAGUCACCCUGCAGCUGCUCGCAGAGGACUGAAAAACAAUCCACAGUGAGGAAAUGUCUGCUGGUUGUAUGAGGUGGCUUCUGAGCCACACAAUGCGAUCUGUGUGCAGCGGCAGGCCAGGCUACUGGACACCGACUCUAAAAUCAGCCGGACUCUGUGAAACACACAGCAUCAUCGCUUCCUCCUGGAGACGAUCUGCGUUCUCCACAGACGUUCCUGAAGAACAGGCUCCUGCAGCAAACAAAAAGAAGCAGGAUCCACGCGCCCACACCUCUAUAAGCAGCGUCGGCCGGAAGAUUCCCCACAGAGAGGUACAGGUGAUCAGUGAGACAGGUGAGAAUCUGGGGGUGAUGCAUCGGGCCGAUGUGAUCAGAAUCAUGGAUGAGAAAGAUCUGAAGCUGGUGCUGCUGAGAGGAAACAAAGAGCCUCCGGUUUACCGGCUGAUGAGCGGGAAACAGAUCCAUGAGGAGCAGCUUAGACUUCGAGAGAAAAACAAGACCAAAGCAGCUCCUGUGCAGGUAAAGGAACUCAGCAUUUCAGCUGGCAUUGCCUCCCAUGACCUGUCCACUAAACUGAAGCAGGUGGAGAGCUGGCUGGAGAAGAAACACCACGUCAGGCUGACUCUGAGGGCAGGACAUGGACAACAGGCCAGUAACCUGGACACCACUCUGGAACAAAUGGUGGAGCAAAUUAACUUGAUGGUGGGCUACGUCUCUAAGCCUAAAGUUACAAGAGAGGGUCAGGUGGCCAUGUGCGUCCUCCGACCGCCUUCCGCAAAGGAGCUGGCGCUGAAAGCAAAGAACAAAACUGAGGAGACGCAGCCUGCAGGCACUCAGAGCAAAGCGCCUCCUGUUAGCGACACACCAGAGGAGUUGGUACAGCAGUAAUGCGAGAAGCGCUUUCACACGAACAAUUCGGUGCCUGGAUGUUACAGCCCGGUGCUUCUGUCGGACUCCGAGAGUUUAGGGUCAUCUUUAGCAACUGUUUUAGCUGGGAUGUCAAACCUACUGCAUUUAAACUUAGGACGAAACGAAAAGAAGCUACUGAGAAGACAAACAUAAAAAGAUCCCAUUCAGCUGCUACAGACUCAUGCAAGUAAAAGGGACAGUAACCAUGGAAAUCACCUCACAAUAAGAUUAACAUACAAAAUGAACCACAAAGGUAGCUAAAAAUCUAAAAAAUGGACUCAAAACAACCUAAAAACAUUUGUUUCACAGGACCUAAACUAACUUCUUUAAGAUUUGACAAAGACCAGAGACAUGCAAGCAGCAUCUUUGACCCUCCUGCAGAAUAAUUACAUGUUAUGAAAGGGUUGAGAGAGCUUUAGUGUGCAAGGAUUCUGCAAAAUCAGAUUCAUGGAGCUUCAAGUUGAAGCUUUUAACACUUCAGGACAGACAAGGGUCACCUUUAUUGUUAGAAGCAGCCCUGGGUGGGAACAUUUGGCUGGUUGGGUCAGGGAGAAAUCAUACACAUGGAUCCAGUUUAGUUUUUAGUCUGUUUUGUAUUAGGUUUGCCAAACUGUGGAAAUAAAAAUAAUGAAUGUUUGGGAUGUGAAGAAAAUGCAAACGGCAUCAUCAGUGUGAAUCUCUCUUUAUUUUAAGAUCAGUUUUGGUAAAAAAUAAAAGCAAAUUUUGGCAUACAGAUACA